UGGAAACAAUGGAUCAGGGGGAAAAUAUGAACCCAAUGGAUCAGGGGGAAAAUAUGAAACCAAUAAUCUCUCCGGGGUGGGGGGGCACACUUGGAAACCACUUUAAAUCAAUCUUUGUUACUAAGAAUGCUGCAUAGAAAGAGAUUACGUUAGAAGGAACAUUUCAACGGGUUUGGGAAACCUUUUAUAAAGAGAUUAGCUGUUAAACCUAGGCCUACUUUAUUAAAGAGACAGAAGUCAGAAUAAUUUGCGAGUUGAACUCUGGUGGAUGAAUUCUAUUCGAUCUACACUUUUCAUACAAGACACCAAUCAGACAGAAACUCCCCAUAUUUACCUCCCUGGAACUUUGGAGUGGCUGAUCACUGAAGUGGAAGAACAGGGAUGAAGACUUUCUCCUGUGUGUUUUCCUGCCUGGGUGACAUACUCCCCAUAGAGUUACUGUUUCUCUCCAUUACAUCCCUUUAGUGUCCAGUUGGUCUUGCCAUCACACCUCACAGCUUCUCAAACAGUUGGGAAUACACUCUGACAAGAACUCUCACCCACUCCCUCCCACUCCCAUCUCGUGGCGCACACACACACUUUUACUAGCCCAUAGCCAGGGUACUCCCACACCUUCACACAUACACUACGCACACACACAUCAUGGCGAGCGUGUUGCCGUACGGCCGCUUCACCCACGCCGUGGUGCGAGUCAUCCCAGAGACCUUUGGGAAGGUUGAUAACGAGAAAACCGACAAGGUUGAAAACGGGGAAACCACGACGGACCUGGCCAAAGCACAGCGUCAGUUUGGGGUGCUGACAGGGGCGCUGAGACAGAAGGUGGGGCUGCAGCUCAUAGAGAUCCCUGCAGACCCAGAGCUACCAGAGAGCUGGAGGAUAGAGGAUGUAGCGGUGAUACAGGGAGACACGGCACUCAUCACCAGACCUUUCAAACAGCAGAGACGCAGUGAGGCUGAAGCGGUGAGAAGGGUGAUGUUGGAGCUCAACCUGACAGUGGUGGAGAUGGGGGAAGAGGAGGGGGGCUCCGCAGGAGCCACGCUGGAGGGCAGUGACGUGCUCUUCACUGGCAGGGAGUUCUUUGUGGGCAUCUCCUCCCACACCAACCACAGAGGAGCUGAGGUUCUGGCCGACACUUUCAGAGACUUUGCUGUGUCCACAGUGCCAGUGUGUGGGGGUGCUCGUCUAAAGAACAUCUGCUCUAUGGGAGGUCCUGAUACUAUCAUCAUCAGCAACAGUGAUGGGGCCAAGAAGACCCUCCGGAUGAUGGAGCAGCUGACUGAACACCACUACAAAGUGCUCACGGUCCCUGAGGGCGCAGCAGCUAACUGUGUCUACAUCAGGGGCCCCUCCAAAGGGGACUACCUGCUUCACCCGCCCACUGAGGAGUGUCCCGACAGUGUCCCUGCCUUCCAGAAGCUGACGGAAUACACCCUCCUCCCUACAGCGUGCAGCGAGGCCUCCAAGCUUGGAGGGUCUCUGUCUUCAUUCUGCCUACUUAUCAAUAGGAAGCCAUACUUCUGAAUGCCCUGCCCUUCUCCAAUAGUACACACAUAGACCUUCAUUGACUAUAUGUAAAUACAAAUGUGAACAUAUCAAGGACAUCGCCAACUGUUGGGAAUGGGGCUAAAGGGGAAGUCUUAAUGGGAUCCUUGGGACAUCCCAACUCUGAAGUUGAAAUUUAAAACGGCUAAGGUAAGGGGUUAAGGUCAGUGUUUAGGGUAGGGACAUCCCAAGGAUCCCAGAUAGCACUAACCAGGAAUAGAGGGUUCAAUGUGCAUAUUCUGCACAACUGCACCCCCUACUGUGGAAAGAGUGCGGUGUGGCUUGAGGAACAUUAUUAGGCUCUAGAUUUGAAAUGUAGGUGUGAUGUAUGCGGCCAUUUUAUGUCCCUAUAUAACAACUUGUAUUUAAAUAGACUCAUCCAUCCUCAAAGUAGGCUGUUGUUGCGGCCAUAUAAAUAUAAUCCAUAGAAGGGACGUGCCACGUCUAAAAUUGACAGGUAAACUUGCAAUGGCUGCCACUCCUGACUUGAAUCGGCACGUCCGUUGUAUGGAUUCUAUGUCUAUGGUUUUAUCGACCUUUUGCACAUUUCUAAAUACAAUCACAGGAAAAGGUAGUUUGGAAAGCAAAUGCCUCGUGCUGAAAAAGACGACGAAUAUGUCUAAAAUCUACCUUUUUAAAACUCAAUAUUUUGCGAACAUAAAGGGAGAGGCGGAGCGAGAAGUUUUACUCAUUCCAAAAUCAGACUGCCAAGUGAGGAGUAUUUGUAUGGAUGGCAAAGGAUCGAAUUUAUUCAAGAUAAAAUUAAUUGGUACGUGAGGCUUAUUUGAUAGAAGUUUGGUAAUGCUCAAGUUGUUACGAAUGUACUGAUAUAACUGUGUUGCAUGUCACUUCCCGGCAACUUUGAGAAAAAAAACUAUCGGAGUUGUCUCUAUUGAAAUUCGAGACAGACUAUGCACGAGGCUAGCAUAGCGUUCAUUUCCAUUGAAUAUAGGCGGUUGACGUCAACACCACUCAUCGAAUAUUUAAAUAAUUAGAUGUAUCCACCAAUCCAGAGGCAUAGGCGGGAGCUUAACAGCCCACCGUUCCGCGGAAAGCGAAUCCCUAGUACCUCUCGCGAACAACUGUUUUUUAGCCCAUAUUUCCUCCUAACACUGUCUUGGUUGCAUUCACCAUGAGGUUGUUGUCAGUUUGUCGGUGUCAGAGUAACCACUAAUUUCAGUCAUGUGUGGUAUAACAAAUAAUGAUUGUACUGACUCCAUUCAUGUAGUCUAAAUGACAUAGAAUAGCAGGAAAUGAGUUUAUGAAAGGCCCAUUUUUUUCUGGAUUCUGUGGACAAAUCCUAAAAACACCUACGCUCAACUGUAGGCGGAGGCCACUAUGCAAAUGUGAUAGAGGCAUUUACAUUUACGUCAUUUUAGCAGACUCUUAUCCAGAGCUACUUUACAGUUAGUGAGUGCAUACUUUUUUUCCUUCUUCAUACUGGCCCUCCGUGGGAAUCGAACCCACAACUCUGGCAUGCAAGGCUUUAUUGUAAAGGGGAUUAUAAAUUCAAGUUUGUUUAAUUAGUACAGGUGAAAUCUACUAAAAUGCAGAUUGAGGGUCUGUGUGUUGAAAAUCCAGACCCCCCCCCAGUAAAAAAAAUUCUGGCGCUAGGUAUGAAUGUAGGCUGUUAUGUUUUGUCAUAGGACAUAAUGACCAAUGUGGAAUUGUAAACAUUUAAAGAAUGUCCUGGUGGUUGAGAUCCGACUGUGAAAUUAAUUGCCCCGGGAAGGAACGAGUUCAAAAGUCCCCUUCAACAAUUUCCAUCAUUACCCUUGCAUUGUUUGUAGUUCCUGUGGAUUAACCAAGGACCAAAUUGGAAAGAUUUAUGGAUUGAAACACUGACAGUCGUUCAUAAUGUCUCAAACACAUCACUGAGGGUUGUAGACUAUAUUGCUCAACACCUCCAGACCAUGAUAUAGUAUGAAAAAUGUAUGCACUCACUAAGUCACUCUGGAUAAGAGCGUCUGCUAAAUGACAAAAAUUUAAAUAUAGCAACUCUGAACAAACUGGCAUUGUUUGAAUCUCAGUACUUGGGUUUUGUACUUUUUUUGCGAAGUCCUCAUUGGUGAUAAAGCACUGACAUUGACCUACUUCCCAUUAGAAUCCAAAUCUGUAGUAUGCAUCUAAGACGCUGCAUUCAUUUACAUAUUUUAGUGUAGCUUUUGUAUGUGAUGUUUAGAACUUUGUAUUUAGUAGAUUCUCAAAUAAAAUAAUUUUAAACAUUUGA